AUGCAGAUCGUCAAUCUUUCCGCCCUGAGCCUCUUUGUCGCUUCGGCCUUUGCUGCCGACUGCUUCGGCAACACCCAGAGCGGCAUCUCCAAGUGGGCUGAUGCCUACUGGGAUGCUCGCGCCAAGAUGUGCGGCAACACGGAUUGCGAGUACCAGAAGGACUGCACCACUCGAUCCUCCAAGACCAUCAAGGGUCUUGCUUCUAUCACUGUCAACGUUGCCCUCAGCCGCAAGCACACUGGUAGCCAGAAGGGAUUCAAGGACUGCUGGGACGCCACUGAGAACAUUAUCAACCAGUGUGUCAAUUCCGAGCAAAAGUUGUCUGGCACUUGGGAGUACAACGGCCAGCUGUACCAGUUCAACGCCUGGUACUCUUAG